GACCAUGGAUAUAUUAAGAGAGCGUGGACUCGUUGACCAACGCUUCCCUGUAUCUAGUAUCUAGUAAUACCCUUCUUCGACACACGAAAAUAAAUACACCCUCUUCCAAAAAAAGACGUAGACACAGAGGGGGGCGGAGUCUUCCAAGGCAGUAGGAGGAGAAGGAGGGGAGCAUAUGAGCCUAAGGAGCAGACAGACGCACAGGACUGUGGGGCUCUCCAGCUGAGUUUCUGGACGGCUUUUUGUGUCCCAUCAAAAACUGGACAGGCGGACGGGCUUGACAGACGAGUUGGACAGAGAUCUUGAAGGGGAUCUUAAAGGCCAGUGUGUUGCCGCUAUCAUUGCUGGCUGAUCUACCAGACCUGCAGUUUUGGAUAAAGAGCUCCUAUCAGCUGUGGCUGACCAGUGACCCCGAUCUGCAGCCAGACCCCCCUUUUGGGUCACCGCUGAGCUAAUAGAUGUGGUCUGGUCGGGCCCGAUGUGGAAUUUGACCCCGACUGACCCUGUCCCACAAGUAGUCUUUGACUGAGACUCGUCGGAAAGGAAGGAUAAAAGAGCAAGAGGGGCGACUGAGAAGAAAGGAGGAAGAAAAGGAGAAGUGAGAGCAGCAGCACAGCGACUGCUCGUCCAGUAUGCCGGUGGAGACCCUGCGGCCGUCAGACGGCCGUCUGGCCGGGGUUCCCUUCACCUCCGCCAUGCCCUUCAGGAUACUUCACAAGGGUCCAGACUACUUCCGGCGUCAGGCUGAGCCCGGGGCCCGUAAGCUGAGCGCCGUGGAACGCCUGGAGGCCGACAAGGCCAAGUACGUGAAGAGCCAGCAGGUGGCCCUCACCCGCCAGGCCCCCAUCAAACCACCAAUCAUCCGCAAGCCCCUCGUUCCUACGGGGAUGAUGCUCCAGUGCCAGAUCAGCACUCCCCCGGCCCGCAAAGUUCCCCGCUGCCCAGCUGACGUGGAAAACCGAGGGGGGAGAGACGGACCAGGAGGAAGAAGAGGACCUGCUCUUAACUUGGAUAUUCUGAAUAAUCUUAUCAAUGAUGUAUGCGAUGGACCAGUGCCCUGUUCCCAGUCCUCUUCCUCCACCUCCCCCUCCUCUUCAUCUCCUUCGUCAGGAGCUAAGAGCAUCGGCAGCAGCCUGUCAGCCCGAGGGGGGGGGGGGCCCCCCCCCCCCCCCCCCCCCCCCCCCCCCCCCCCCCUCCUUUUUUUUUUUUUUUUUUUUUUUUCCUUCCCCCCCCCUCGGACCCCCUCCUCCUCCUCCUCCUCCUCCCUCCCCUCCCCCCCCCCCGCUCCGGCAGAACCCAGCCGCCGCCCACCCCCUGUUCCAGCACGAGUACCCCGGUUAGGGGUUCCGGCGCCCUACAGCUCCCCGAACUCAGUGACAGUGCGCAGGGUGGACGUUCGGCCUCAGGCUGACAUUCGGAAGCCUCAGAGGACCCUACUGCAGCCGCAGCUCAGGCCCAGACAGACUGCCCAGGGCCAAGUCCCACACCCCCUGGUCCCACCUCCACCACCCCCUGCACCCUCUCAGAACAAACCCCAACCCCACCCGCAGCUUAUGACCCCCUCCCAAACCCUGCCCUCCCCUCCAGUCUACCUCCCGCCUAGUCCCAUGUUGGUCCGAGCCGGCAUGAUCCCGCCAGCCUCCCCCGCUUUCACCCGGAUAUCGAACGCCAGCUCCAAGGGCUCUGCCCGUAAGCACCCGUCCUUGCAUCGCUCCAAGUCGGACCUGAGCGACCGCUACUCGCGCGCCACGGCCGACCUGGAGCGCUUCUUCAACUACUGCGGGCUGGACCCGGGGGAGGUGGAGGGCAUGGGUGGAGUGGAGCGUUUCACAAGAGCCAACUCAGACAUUGUGUCAGUCUCCAAGCUGCGCAGCGUCAGCACGCCCAGCUCGGAGUGCGGGGACGAGGCUGCCCAGGCAAGGGAGGACGGGGGAGACGAGGACGCCGACGGCGGGCCCGCAAGAGCCAACGAACGGGUCCCCUACGGCAUCUCCGUCAUCGAGAGGAACGCGCGAGUCAUCAAGUGGCUGUACGGCAUCCGUCAGGCGCGAGACGCCAACAACGCUGUCUCUAACGUAUAGACUAACGAGGACUUAAAAGUCUAACAGGGAAGCAGUACUUUUUGUAUUGUAUACAUAUACGUCAGAAGACGGGAAAGCCCAUCUGUUCAUCUUCUGCUGCCUUACAUCACGUUUAAGGAUAAUCCAGUAGUUUGCUUUUUUCCUAGUUCCUGUCAAGACUCACACGUUAUGGAAAUUACACAUCAGUAAUUUGUUAUCUGGGCUGCAAGUCUGGACUGCUUCCCUGCAGGACGAAAUGGACGAUACAUUUCCCUUUUCCUCCACUUGAUCUUGUAUGACAAUAUUGGUUUACGAAAGCAAUAAUAGACUGGUAUAAAUGAUGAUGUGAGCAUGAAGGCAGAGGAUUUUUGCGAUUGUGGUUGCUCAUGUAAAGGUACUGUUUGUUUGUGUGCGUGCGUGUGUGCGUGUCUGUGUGUACCAGAGAGCUCCGCAGCACAAAGCCACUGGAACUUGGCUGCAAACUGCUGGAGACUCUGAUGCUACACAGUGGAAGAGAACCACGUUGAUACUGUGAAACUUCACACAAAAAAAAAAAGCUUCCAUAAACACAUUUGUAUUUUCAAAAAAUCUUUUGGCUGUAAGACUGUUAUUAUACAAUUUUCUGUCAGCAUGCGAGUGGAACAUUUGUACACAUUUUUAUUUUAGGGUUUGUCACGUCAACAAAGCACACACUCUGCUCAUACACGGAUUAUCACUUCACGGCACAGACGUGCAUUCAGGUCAAUUCCAGUAAAUAUGGGAGCAGCUGCAGUUGGUGCUGUGUGUAUAUCUGACUGUAACAUUGUCUAGGUGUGUGAUUGCAUCUGAAACAUGGUCUCAUGUCUUGGAUGAUGCUGCACUGGUGCAGUGAGCGAAAUCUGUUCACUAUGUAUGUCUUGGCAUGGAUGAGAGAGCAAGUCAUAUGAUGGUUGAAGUAAGUGCAGCAUGAAAAAGUUAUUUUACCUCCAGUAAGAAUGGAGAGAAAAUCUAAGAAUGGGUAAAAGGAAGACUAAAAAAGAGCAUACUCAUAGAAAAAAAAAAAUAUAUAUAUGGUGGUUCUGAAAGUGACUCAGGAAAAUGUACUUGACAUACUAAUGAAAACGGACCAAUAUUUAUUUGGAAAAAAUAAUUUAAUGUAUUUUUUAAUAUUGGACAACUUUUUGUACAGAAUUCAAUCUUUGCUCUUCCGUGCAAUCUGAUCAUAUCUAGUACAACUACAAUAUGCAUUUAAACAUGCAAAUACAGGCACCAGUUGUGAACGUUGUAAACAGGGGAACAUGUGCCCACUGCUCUGUGGGCAGAACUAAAUCAAGUGUGUGUAUUUAUUUGACUUCCUUGUCGCAGGAGGAGAGCAAGAGGUGAGGUUUUGUCUCCCCUGUACAAGUUCUCCACCCUCUGCAUCUACUUCCUUUCAUCUUUUCAGGAUAUUCAGAAUGAGCAUCGGCCAGGCUUUGCUCUCCGUACGUGUACCUAUCGCAGGUAAAUGAAGAGCAGCGUACAGCUGCAUUCAGAUCAGAGGGCUGGAGAACACGACAGCAGUGACGGUGAACAAAGUGUGCUGUUGAAUCCGGCACCGGAUGCCCAAAGAGUCUUCAAGUGAGAGAUCCAAAAUUGUGUAUUCUAAAAAAAUAAAAACAUGUUUUAAAGUA